AUGACGAAGAUCCUGAGGACAGUGUUAAGCAAUGGAGAGGGGAUGUUGACUGCUACGAAUUCAUACAUUGAUGAUAUAUUGGUGGAUGAGAUGAGGGUUGCAGCAUCAACAGUUGUGGAGCAUUUGCAACAGUAUGGAUUGGUUACGAAACAGCCAGAGCCACUUGGAGGCGGGAGUGCGGCCGUAUGCCUGAGACUGGAAAUGAAUAAGAAUGGUGAGUUGAUAUUCAGGAGAGGUAAUGAGAUACCGGAAGUGAAGGAUAACUUGAGCAGAAGAGAAUUGUUCUCCAUAUGCGGAAAGCUGGUGGGCCAUUAUCCAAUCACAGGAUGGCUCAGGGUAGCCUGUAGUUAUGUGAAGAGGAGAGCUGACAGAGGGAGGUGGAAUGCCCCCAAGUCAGAGAAGGGAGUUAUUUGGUGUGAUGCAAGUAGUAUUGCCACUGGAGUGAUAUUGGAGACUGGCAAUGAAACUGUUGAGGAUGGUGCAUGUUUACGGAAAAAGGAUGAUUAUAACCAUAUCAAUGUAGCAGAAGUAGACGCUGUAUUAAAAGGCAUCAACUUAGCUCUGAAAUGGAGUUUGCGAGACAUCGAGAUUAGAACUGAUUCGGCUACAGUGUCUGAGAAGAACAAAGCAGAUGUGUUAACAAGAGUGAAGAAAACUUGGCUAGGUUUUCAGGAAGAGGUUGAAAAGGAGACCUCAGUCUGCUGCGCAGGAGUCUCGAGCAUGGAAGACCUGCACAAGAUGCACCACAUGAGAGAUGAUAGAACACUGUAUUUGGCAAGGAAGAUUGACCCUACAAUUACACGGGACAAAGUUCGACGAGUGGUGAGGUAUUGUAGUAGGUGUCAAUCAAUUGAUCCUGCGCCAACCGUACAUGAGGCAGGGAAUAUAUGUGUGAAGAAUGACUGGAGGAGACUAGCGAUUGAUGUGACACACUACAGACAGGAGUUAUACUUGUCCAUGGUUGACUGUGGUCCUGGUAGAGUGGCUAUAUGGAGACGGUUGAGAGGUGAGACUGCAGAGGAAAUUUCAGGUAUUUUAAAUGAGCUUUUUUUAGAAAGAGGCCCAGUAGAUGAGGUAUUGAUGGACAACAGCACUGCUUUCAGAUCUCAGGUGUUGAAGAAUAUGUUGGAUAAAUGGAAUAUUAGUCGUUUCUUUAGAGCAGCCUACCGACCAAGUGGAAAUGGAAUUGUGGAGAGACAUCAUCGGACAAUCAAGGUUCUGGCAGAGAGGUCUCAGGAGACGCCCAUGGAAGCAGUAUUUUGGUAUAAUAUGUCGCCAAGGUCUGGCCAGCAUGAGAGGGCUGUGCCACAGAGAGCUGUGUUCAAGUAUGAAUGGAGAAACCCAAGUAUGCCAGCUAAGACAUUAAGGUAUUUCUCUUCUAUUUUUUCCAGAACCUCAUCAUUAUCAAUAUAA